CAGCCGUCUUCAGUUAAACAGCGACACCACGACACAAGUCAAAGAGAAGCCUGAGUGCUUUUACAUCAGUCAAGAUCCUGAUAAUAUCUUUCAGCUAUGUCAGUUGGGGUAGAGGUGCGCAAAUGCAUACAAUUCUUAGGCAAAAAUGUGAAAACUCUGUCGAACCUUGGACUCUCUGGAAGCGUUGUGGCAAUAAACGUGAAAAUCAAAUCGGAACUUUUCGACUGCCCUGUGGAAAAUUAUCAACUGUACGGGUACGUGUACCUUAUUGCACCCUGCAUCAUACUUUAUUUCGUUAAUCUAUUGGUGGUGGUGAAUAAGCUGAAUCCUCAUGGCUUCCUGCAAACUAUAAAAGAAAAGCUGCAAAAGGAAACGAAAUUCGCCGUAUUCUGCGAUGUGAUCUUACCCAGCGUUUCAAGGGCUUUCGCAGCACCUCUGGCAUGGCUGAUAAUAUCAUUUGCCCAAGGGGACUACUAUAUCUGCGCUACAAUCGGGCCUGGUCCUGAGAAGCGAUACAAUUUGAAUGAAGAUGAAAAACAAGAAUUGACCCUCAGGAUCGCCGAAAGCAAAAGCACAUCACAGAUCGUCGCGUGGUUUCUGCUCGGCGUGGCGGUUUUGUGGAUCUUCAAAGUAAAAGCUCUGAAGACCGAGGAUGAAGAUGAGGACGUGGACAUCAAAGAGGACGCAGAAGAUCAAGAACCAUUAUUAAGAGAUGAUGAAGACGUGGACAUCAAAGAGGACGUAGAAGAUCAAGAACCAUUAUUAAGAGAUGGUAAAUAAUUUCAAGGUGGCGUUAAUUUUUACGAGACCUCGAAGAAGAGACUAAGAUGUCAGUUAUAGUUAGAACCAGCAAACAUUACCAAAGCAAUACUUGAAAAACAGUUUUUUACUAAGCAAGGUGAUAGGGUAACAAUUCACUUUCAUACGCAGAAAUCCAAACAACUACUAACAGUAACAAAAGUACUUCACUAUUUCUUUUUGGCCGUUUUACCACCUGCACCUCCAAAGAAACUUGAUAUCGACUUCAUGCCUUUUUUGUCCACCUUGGAUAGUGACUUUUGAGCUGCUGUUAACUUCGUGGCAGUCUGCAGUUAACAA